UCUCUCUGACCCUGAUCCCCGGUCCUGACCCCAACCCCAAGCUCCCAAUCCCCAGUCACCACCCCCGUCCCCCCGGCCCCAAAUCGCCGCCAUGUCGUCGCUGCCGCCGAGCUCGCCCCGGCUGCCCAGUCCUCCUCCUCCGGCCGAGAUCCAAAUCGGACCCAAGUCGCCCCUGAUGGGCCCCAACGCCGCUCGCCAGGCUGCCCAGAUCGAGCAGACGACCAUCGACACGAACGCCAAGCGGCGCAUCCAUCCGGGCACAAAGUCGGCUGACAUGGCCGCUGGGCCUCCUCUUGUCCCGUUGCACGAGCUCGACUCGGCCUUCCAGCUCCAGGAACACCUCGCAGCCCUGCACUACUAUCACACAGCGAGCCACACUACGCCAGUGACGCGCGAGACCGCGAAGUUGCUCGCAACGCCGCCCCCGGGCAUCGACCGGACCCUGUGGCUCUACGAGCUCUGCCGCUUCUUGAUCGCCCAGUGCAACACCCUCAUUGUCGGCUUCCUCUUCGACACGCCCCCGUGCAGCGCCUCGACCUGUCCCGAAAUGCGUGCCGGCGAGUGGCAGUUUCUGUGCGCCGUGCAUGAUACACCCAAAAGCUGCUGCGCCAUCGAUUACUGCUGCCACACGCUCGACUGGGCUGCCAAUGUCGUGACCAAUCCCAAGAUCUUCCCCAGCCGCUUCGUCGUCGACACGCCGGACAAGAACACGGCCCUCAAGAACCUGGUCAACGUCUUCCACCGUCUGCACCGAAUCUUCGCUCACGCCUGGUUCCAGCAUCGGGGCGUGUUCUGGUCUGUCGAGACUCAGGGCGGCCUCUACGUCUUUUUCAAGACUGUGUGCGAUGUGUACGACCUUCUACCGGCAGAGAACUACAAGCUGCCUCCCGAGGCUGAAGGCCUGGACAGCAGCUCAGAUGCAGGAGACGCAAGAGACAGGACCGCCGACCGGAGGCAGCCUCACCAACAACAUCCGACUGGCCCUAUUUCCAUCGCGAAGCCGCCUCGACAGCGUGACAACGAUGAAGGGGAUUAUCCCUCCGUGAGCAGGACCAACACGAGGAGGCACAUUAAGAGCAGCCCCUCGACAGGCAGCGCAGUCACGACGGUCCCCGAGGCGGACGAGGAUGAGAGUACCGACCUUUCCAACAGUCGAUCACCGUUCCGUAACAGCGGCUGAACAGCCGCUGCGACCGUCUAGCGUGGUUCCGCCGUCGCGGGCGGCGACAACCGAGUCUCAUCUUCGGGCUCCGGCCCAACCCGCUAAGCAAGGGACGGAAGUGGCUGCCCAUGAAUCCGAAUUUGCCUCUGAGCCAGAAGUCCGCCCCCAACCCGAGCCAGAGCCCGGGCACACUGCUGCUUCAGGAUCCGACUCCCAGCCGGAAACAGCGGAACGGCCC